GUAAGCUCUCUCGGCAAUUCUCUCUUUCAGCAAUAAGUUUUCUUUCUUCUUCGAAUUCUCUUCUUGUUCAUCAAUCUCAACUCACGCAACACACACUUCACCACAAUUCCAAUAAGAAGAAUUCAAAUUUCAUGACAUAUUAUUUUGUUUUCAAAUUUCAUCGUUUUAUACAUGGAUUGGACCAUUGAGAAUUCAAAUUUCGUGGUAAUAACUAAAUUUGAUCAAAUUUUAUGAUUUAAUUGGGUAUUAGUAAUUAGCUUCAAUCUAAAUAGUAUUCGUUUUAAAAGAAGUUAUUACAUGCAUUUGAUGACAUUUUUAAUUCUUCAAUCUUAUUAUUUUGAGUAUAAAUAUUUCCAUUUAAAGUAAUCUCCGGUGACUGUUUAUACCGCUAAUUCCCCGCCGUCGCCGGCGUCUAAGCUGCAGCCUCUGGGCGGUGACCUGAGUCACCAUAUGAUAUCACUGGGAGGCAGUUUACUGAAUAACAAGUAAUGGGGCACCAACUGUUCGACGAAAUGUCUCAAAGGAAAUCCAUUUAAAAAAUAUAGGCUGUUAGCAAACCUCUGAACCGCGUUCAGCAAUGGCGUUCGCGGUCGUAAGAAGGGUCUUUCUUUUGAGAUCAACUACGAAUUCUCUUCUAUCAUCGCAGCGCGGCAGGCUCUCUACUCAAAGAGCCUCUACAUUUGUUGAUGAUGACAGUAGACGUUCCGUCGCUGACAGGAUCCAACUGUCGCCUCUAUUUCAAGAGACUGGCGAGGACGGCAUCAAGGACUGCAAAAUCGAGCUCGUCGAUGAUUCGACGUGGAAUGUGUCUUCGGGUUUAGCUGAUGCUUGGAGAGGCAGAAGUGAGGCUGCAGCAAUGAGAAUGAGGUCGCGUUUGAGUGAUCGCGAGCAUGAUGAUGAUGAAGGGGUGGUUGGUCCCGUAGGUGAAGCUGUGGAGGAUCUUGGUUUCGACGAGAUUGAGGAUAUGAGGAUUCGUGGGAAGUUGUUCUACAAGCUCAACCGGAGUUCUAAAGAGUACGAGGAGCACAAAUUCGACUUCCAUGGCAGGAAAUCCGCGAGGAACGAGAGAGAUUGGAAGGGAAGCAGCAAGGAAGAUGCGAAGAAAGAAGCUUCCAAUUCGAAGAAGGAUCAUGUGAGAGAGAGAGAGAAGAGCGAAGGGAGCAAACACGCCGUGUUGUUGAGCAAGAAUUCGACUUAUUUGCUUCGCGAAAGCAGCACCAUUACUGCUAACAAGAAGCAGAGGACUCCGACCUUAAAUCAGCUCACAGCUCCCUACCACGAGCUUUUCUGCUUGGACGUGUUCAUCUCCAAGGGCUCAGUUCGCGCCUGCAUUGUCCACCGCACCACCAGCAACGUGGUGGCGGUGGCGCAUUCGAUCUCCAAGGACAUGAAGUUUGAUCUGGGGUCGACCAAGAACAAGGACGCGUGUGCAGCCGUGGGGAGGAUCUUGGCGCAGAGGGCGUUGGACGACGACAUUCAUAACGUGGUGUUCACGCCGAGGAAGGGAGAGAGAGUGGAAGGGAAGCUGCAGAUUGUGGUGAAAUCCAUCGUUGCUGGUGGAGUUGAUGUCAAGGUCAAGCUUAAGCAGAGGAGCUUCAAGCUAUCUAAACACCUUCGUAAAACUCAAAAUCUGCAUUCAUUGGUGGCUAGCUGGAGAGAGAGCAGUUCCUCCUCGGGGAUGAUCUUGAUGUGGCAGUCGGAGCGAGGGUAGGCAGCGCAGGUGAGGGCGUAUCCGCGGUCGACAACGUCGUCGCUGAGCAUGCCGUCGCUCUGAUCGACCUUCCCGGAGACGAGCUUGGCCGGGCAGGUCAUGCACACGCCGAGCUUGCAGGAUCGUCUCGUCCUCGUCGACUUCCACCUCGGUCAGCUUGUCGCCCUGCUCGAUCACCACUUUGUAGGCGCGCAGGCUGCCGGGCCAAUGUGGGUAGAAUUGGGGGGAUUUGGGUUGUUGUUUGUUUAAGCUGAGAGGGAGAGAUGGAGUUAAGCG